AUGAUUCCCAAGAAGCGGCUUCCUCUGGCUCUGUGGGCUGCGUUUGGAGCAGAGAGGCCCCAAGGCCCCGAGCCUGGAGGGUGGCGGGAGGUGGGCAUCGAGCGGGGCCGCCGGACCGCCCCGGGGGCGGAGAGCCUGCGCGGCUGGCUGAAGCCCGCCCGAUGGGCCGCGGCGGGGCACUGCCGGUUGGGAGGAAGCCGCGCUGGGGCCUCUCUGCAGACCGCCACAGCCCAGCAAUGGCUCAGGGACCCACAGCCGGCCCGUCCCUCCUCUCCGGCAGGGCAAGACCAGCAGAGGCCGUGUCAGUACUGCGGCAGGGACCCCAACCUGAGCAGAGGCAGUUUCCUGUCCCCCCAAGCCGUCAGGCAUGGCCCAGCGGGUGACCGCUGCUGGGGCUCCCUGCAGUCCCCCGGGCUGUGCUCCCGGCAUGCGCGCUACAAGCCCAGGGUGAACGACUCCAAAUACCAGGAGGUGCUGAGCCCACGGAACUCCCCGCACCAAAUGUGCGGACCUUGCCUCCCACGAGGACCUCGGCACAGGCCAGCCGAAGACACUCUGCAGAGCACAGAGCGAGAGCCCCCCAGAGCCGCCCCUGCCUCACCGUAUGAGGCAACAGUAAAGGUAUGA